AUGGGGAAAUAUUGUCUUUGCCUUCUUAUUCAUACCAUUGUUGCUGCUAUAACUCUCUUUAUUCUGGAGAAAGAACCCUUUGGAUUUCUAAGGAGGUAUGAAAAGAUGACUACGCACCGGCUUCUUGAAGGUAGUAAGGGUGUUUCGGAUGAUGAUGUUAUUGCCGAAAAGAGAAGAGUGGACGAACUUGAGGAUACCGCCGACAACCCGCUGGUUGUGAAGGACUUAGCCAAGAGUUACACACGAAAAACUCUUGCUGUCCAAAAUGUUUCAUUUGCUGUGGAUCGUGGAGAAUGUUUUGGUCUUCUUGGCCUAAAUGGAGCAGGAAAAACAACCACAUUUUCUAUUCUGACGCAAAAGAUACAUCCAGGUAGUGGAACAGUACACAUACACGGAAGAAGUAUGAUUGUUGGGGACCGAUCCUCUUUCAAACAAGUAGGCUACUGCCCUCAAUUUGAUGCACUGAACAUGAAGUUGACUACAAAUGAAAAUAUGGAAUUGUUCGCUAGAAUACGAGGAAUACCGGAGUCACAUAUCAAACCGCUCAUAUCAAGACUUCUCGUGUCACUUCAUUUGAGUCCCUACGCUUCGACGGUCACUUCUGCUCUUUCUGGAGGGAAUAGGAGGAAACUCUCUGUUGCUAUAGCGUUGAUCAGCCAUCCAUCACUUGUUUUGUUGGAUGAGCCAUCAGCCGGUAUGGAUCCAGGAUCCCAGCAAUUUUUAUGGAGAGUGAUCGAUCAGUUGAGGAAGGCUGGGAAAGCUGUGGUGAGGAAAUGA